UAAGCAGCCGGACGUAUACUAAGUAAACAAAUUGCACAAAAAAGGUUGCUGUCCAGAUCUAAGAAAGAGCUCCUAACUAUUUGCUAUAUCUUCCCAGAAACAAUUAUGUAUUCUCUCAAUUGUUUGAAAUUUAGUCGAACAUUCCAGUGUCUAAACAGAAUUAUCAGUCGUAAUGCUUGCACGAAAAACUCGUACUCCAUUGAACGUCUUAGCAAGAGAACUCUUCUUAGUUUAUCUGGAAAAGAUACAAAAAACUAUUUGCAAAGUAUGAUGACGAAUGACAUUAAAAAUUUAGAUGUGUUACCAUCUUUAUAUGCUUUACUUCUUAAUUCUAAAGGCAGUGUUAUUUACGAUAUCAUCCUUUACAAACUCGAAGAAAACGAAUAUGUAGUUGAAUAUGAUGCAACAGGUGUGGAAUACCUCCAAACGCAUAUGCUUAUGUAUCGCUUGCGGAAAGAUGUCAAAAUACAACCUCUUAAUAGUUUAACUGCUUGGGUGAUUCAUAACAAAAUGGGUGAAGAUGCAAACUGUGACGAACAUAAUGAAAUGGUUCAACAAAUAAGCAAACUCAAUGGUGUUAUCUCAUGCGUUAAAGAUCCACGUAUCAAAGAUCUGGGUAUUAGAGUUAUAACAGAAAAAAAUAUAGAUCUUCAAACAAUUCUUCCUGCUGAUAUUAAGCAUGAAAUGGGUGAUUCAUACAGGCUAUUACGCUAUAAAUUGGGAAUUGGUGAAGGUGUGCUAGAUCAUCCCCCUGGUGAAUGUCAUCCUUUUGACAUUAAUGUCGAUUUGUUAAAUGGUGUCAGCUUUAGUAAAGGUUGUUAUAUUGGUCAGGAAAUGGUUGCAAGGUCACACAAUGUUUUUGUUAUUAGAAAAAGGUUAAUGCCCGUUGUUUUAAGGGAAAUGGAUUCUUAUCCUGCCUUUCCACCUGAGUGUACUAUUGUCAAUGAAAAGGCUAAAACACUAGGGAGAUUCCGUAAUAACUUGGGCAAAUAUGGACUAGCUCUGUUAAAAUAUGAAGACUGUGAAAAAUCAAAUAUUAUUAAAUUUAAAGAUUUUGAUAUAAGUUUGGAGGUAAAAAGGCCUCAUUGGUGGCCAGCUAAUUUAAAAAGUGAAAAUACACAAUAAUUUUUUAAAAGAGAGUCUAGGAUUUUUAAAUUAAGCGAUAUUUACUUGCAGGCUUUUUAGCUAACAAAAAUUUUAAAACAAAUACGUUUGGUUUCCCCGGAGACUGGUUUACGAUCCAGUGGCCUUUAGCGACUCACUCUCUUUUUUGGAAAUUUUCUUCUUGGCUGUAGUUGGUCAAAAUUACCAUGCAAACUUUUAUUUAUUUUAAAAUUUGUUACCUUAACUGAAAAAAAAAGUCAAGAAUCAAGUUUUAAUUUCAUUUAAGAAAAUAUGAAACAGAAGAGCGGGUCAUUAAAAGCCCAUGGAUUGAAAAAUCGUUCCUGGUGGUUGUUACAAGUUAUACUAUUCUAGCUGAUCCCCUUCUAUGAUUUUUUUUUUCUGUAUUGUCUGCGACAUUGCCAAAACUUGGCAACUUUUUUUGGUGCUGAUACAGAUAUGUACCCGUAAAUUAUUUAAAAUUUUAUAAUAUUGAUGAAUAAAACUUCAAGGAAUAUUUAUAACACAUUGUGUUCUGUUGUGUUAUGUGUUAUAUAAGUUAUGUAAUGACUUGGGAAUGUAUGGAAUAAUUUGAUUGUAAUAGGAAGAGUGUGAAAAGAUAAACAUUGUUACAUUUAAAGGCUUAGAUUUGGUUUUAGAAGUAAUUAAUUAAAUUUAACUGUUGGAAUAAUUUCAGUGCUGUUACAUUACGGUACUAAUUUACUUGACUGCAAUAUGCUGACAAUCAAGCUUUCAUUUAUUUAGAAAAUGAAAAUUGUUAAUUUUUCAAUGAAUAAAAUUUUAAGAAAAAGCUGUAAAUCUUA